AUAGUUAUCAAAGAGAUUCCGUAUCAAGGAGGUUAAGAUAAAAAAAAAAAAACAUUAAAGAAUUCCAUUUUCAAAAAUAUAAGUUUACGUGUUUAUAUUGUGUUUAAGUUAAGAAGAGUUUAGCUUAGAGAGUUUUAAAAAUGGGUGAUUUUGGAUCAAACAUCGUAUUGCAAAGGCCCCCGGGCACUGAGGAAGCUAUCAGAAAAAUCCAUAAUUUAGACAAACCUGGAAGACUGGAAGAAGCUAUCAACAUAUUGCACGAUUGGAUUCAAAAACAGCAUCAUUUAACGAAGAAAGACUUUAGCAAAGACUACUUGGAGAAGACGUUGAUAUCGUGCAAAGGCUCUGUCGAGAAGGCGAAGAAACAAAUAGACAGACUAUGCACAUUCAAGACCCUGAUGCCUCGAUUCUUCACGUGCACCGACGCCAAGGACUUGGCCUAUGUAUCAGAAAAUGCAUGGAUGAUCCCAUUACCGAAGUUGACACCGAACUUCUACCGAAUAUUACUCAUUAAGUUUAGAAUCAAGCACCUUACUGCAGAAACUAUCAUGGAUUAUUUCCGAUACACUGUCGUUGUGAGCGAAUACCUCAAAGCGAAUGAUUAUGUAAACGGUUUCAUUAUAGUAGAUGACUACAGAGAAACUAAUCUACUGGAUGUAAUUACGAAGAUGAAUCCUGUGGACCUGCAGCAAUACAUGUCCAUAUUAAUGGAAGGCUACGGUGCUAGAAUAAAGGGUGUCCACAUGCUAUCAGAUUCGAAAGCAGUGGAACUGAUCAUAAAGUUGAUGAAACAAUUCGUCAGUGAAAAGAUUGCCAAGAGGAUGCACGUGCAAAAAUCUUUAGAAGACUUGCAUAAGUACGUACCUAAAGAUAUCCUGCCUAUUGAAUAUGGAGGCAGCGAGAGAUCUAUUGUUCAGAUACAUGACGAGUUAGUAGACGCAAUAUCGUCGAAGAAACACGUAGAAUAUAUGGAAAUGAUGAACAAGGCAUGCACGGAUGAAUCCAAGCGAGUGGCUGCGAAGUUCAACGAGGAGUACUUGGGCAUGGCAGGGUCUUUCAGAAAUAUGAGUGUAGAUUAAUUUUGCAAAUGUUAUCUUUAUAUUUAAGUUAAAUAAAAACUGAACUAAAAAUCACGGUUUACUCAUGUACAUUAUUCGAGAAAAGCUCUACUAGUUUCGAGUCUCAGAGGGACUCUUCAUCAUGAAUAUUAUGUACAGACGUGACAACGUCGCGUAGCCUACCUACCUAAUAGAACCGUGAUAUUUAGUUAAGUUUUGGUAUCAAAACAAAAUUAUAAUUAAUUGUAAAGUUUAGUCAUGAAAACUGUUCGACGAGGUUGUUCAACUAGUUUCAGGCCGUGUUGGGAGCCCAUAAUCAUGUUUGACAACUACAAACAAUACGUAUUAUGCACAAAAUGUAUAGCAAAGUUGUUAGCAGAUUUUAUGUGAUUUCUGUAGUUAUUUUUAGUAUGCCAAGUCUGAUUGUAUAUAUGUUUAUCACACAUUUUAUGUAAAUUAAUGAUAAAAAUAAAAUUAUACCUAAUCCUAACUGGAUGUCACAUGAAAUACUAUUUUAAAUUUUAUUGUGUUGACAUUUUAUUUAAUCAUUAUGUUGCAAUCUAAAAAGAAACAAAGUCAUUUAAGUUCACAAUAUCGUUAUAUUGUAA